CCAACGUGUAAAGGCGACUUUAACUUUAUCUCUCAAUUCGGUCUGUCUGGCAUUACGCGAAAGUAUCAGCUGACCACAUCUGCCAAAAAUAGUUUUUACUUCACAAUAACAAUAGAAAAGUAAAGGGCACAAAAAGUUUAACAUUUGUUCUACACACACCUCUAAUUAAUUAUUAAACUAUUUAUAUUAAUCGAUAUCGCAAGUGAGUGCAAGCGUUAGUGAACAUCAUAUCAUGGGAAACAAACAAAUAAAACAACAUCUGGAAACAGCACAAAAGACGGGAGUCCUCAAAAUAAGUUUGCAACGACUGCAAGAAUUGCCUCCCCAAUUGAAAAAUUAUCCAAAUGUUUUGAAGACAUUGGAUUUGUCGCAAAAUCGUUUCGAAAGCAUUCCAGAGGAAAUAGGACGCUUCACUUUGAUCAAACACUUCAAUAUGAGUGGCAAUAAAAUAUCGGCGGUGCCCGAUGUCUUGGGUGAACUCGUCAAGUUGGAGGUGCUGUUAUUGAAUGACAAUAUGAUAACUAGAAUACCAACUACAUUAUCGAAUUGUCAGAAUCUUAAGACUGUUAAUCUAAGUCACAAUCAGAUAACAGAAUUUCCUGUGAUGUUGUGUGGCAUUAAGCACUUGGAUGUUCUGGAUUUAUCACGCAAUAAAAUCACAGCAGUGCCCAGUGAAGUGGCUACUUUAAGGGUAACUGAGCUGAAUUUAAAUCAAAACCAAAUAUCCAUAUUGGCUGAGGAAAUAGCUGAUUGUCCCAAACUAAAGACCCUUAGGCUAGAGGAAAACUGUUUGCAGGCCAGCGCCUUUACGCCACGUAUUCUUAAAGAAUCUAAAAUCUGUAAUCUAUCGGUGGAUGGUAACCUAUUCAAUUCUAGACAGUUCAAUCAAUUGGAUGGUUAUGACAACUAUAUGGAACGUUAUACCGAAGUUAAAAAGAAAAUGUAUUGAGCUAUUUCAGUAUUUACCAUAGUGAGAAUUAGAAAAAAAAAACUCUUUAACUCGGAUAACAAAUUUAACACAAUGACUCUAGAUGAUGAUUAUUAUGAUUAUUCUGAAUGUAAUUACCACCGCCAGUUAUGGUUGAUAGAGAAGCUUGUUUUUUGUAUGUAAAUCGUUUUGAAGAUGAACGGCCACAAGUUGCGAGGUUGAGAUGAGAUUUGAUAUCUCGAUAUACAUUAAAAAAUAUACACAUCAUUAGCUUUCAAUUUAAA